AUGAUUCGAAUUUCCCAAGAUCAACAGAUCAAGAAUAAAGAUCACCGCCCCUGGGCUCAAUUUGUGCGCAAAAGUUGGGCUGAACUACCUGCCGGUGGAAGCAUGUCCUACAUGAAACCACAGUGUCUUCAUUAUCAGCGGUCUAAGACAGCUGGCGAUAAUCAGGCUACCGUGACUGAGACCAAUAAUCGAUCUGACCAGAUUUCGAAACUCGGCAGAAGUGCUUUAUAUAUGCCCUAUCUGUUUUGGAAGAAGUGUCCAGUCGAACUCGCUCACAAUACAGACACAGGCUCAGUCCAACAGACUAAGAGCGCGACUGCUACCCAGACCAAGAAGACCCACACUGCUCAGAAUACCCAAGGACAACAACUUUUCCAUGACUCCAUGACCCUCGAUCAGUAUUACUAUUCAUCCCUUGAAGACACCACGACAAGAGACAAGGAUCAAGUGCUGUGGCAGACCAUUAUCACAAGCACAACAAACGAGAUAGACGAGAAAGAAAGCAGUUUUCUUCAACGGGGCUUGAACGAUCUGCGAGCCCAGGAAAAGAACUCUUCAAUAUCAGUUGAGAACAUUCAAGAACUGAUCCUCAGUACGGCUACGAGCUUUUUCAACAAGCAAUAUGUUGAAGUAUUGGGGAACAAUAAAUCGCCUUUGGGCGUCUAUCGGGCGGCUAUCUUGAACGUGCGUGACAAGGAAGCGCACUUAUUCGAUGAAUUUCAAAAGUCACUUGAUGGUAUAGCGACAGACGAUGAGGAUCAAGUAAACGCCAACGAAUGCUCCAGCAAGCCGCCAGCAGAGAACAAGGGACCGGAUGGAAACCAGAAUGCCAAGAAGGAGAUCGGACUCAUUGGUCGCUUGUUCAAAAGAAAUCAUGGAUCUUGGCAAGGAAGAGAGACAAAAAACUCUUAUGGCGACAUCGCCGGCGAGACAGAGAUACUCCGAGAGGUCAAGGAUAUUUAUGAUGAGCUCAACAUGCUAAAAUUUCUGGCCCUAGACCAAGAAAGUGUUUGGAAGCAAAUCUGGAACGACGGAUCCAACCCAGAUGCCACGUUUACCUGUAACACACCCUCCGAGGUCAAGAAAGAGCUUACGGAAAUGGUCAAUGAGGCCGAGUUUGUGCAAAAGGCCAUUGACAUGCUGCUCGACCUAAAACAGAAGCAAGCCAAUAUCGUCAAAGCCCAGUUUGCACGAAAGCAAAGUGAAGAUACUUCAAAGCAGGGUGAGACGAUUAUGAUUUUCACGGUGGUGACAAUUCUCUUCCUCCCCGCCUCUUUCAUAACCAGUCUGCUCGCGUUGGACAUAUCCGAUUUCCCCCACGUAGGUGGUGACGUCCGCUUCCAAGGACGCAUGAUAUUCCCCAUUAUCUGCAAGUUCUCACCCUACUAUCUACUAUCUGUGGUAUCGAGCACUAUCUGA